AUAAUUAGAGUAACCAUGAAGCCAACAACACUUCCAAAAACCCUCUCUUUGAUCCUUCUCUGUGCUUUCCUCAGCAACCUUCCAUUAGGAUUCUCAAAUGAUGUUGAACAAGUGGUGGACAUAAAUGGCAACCCUAUUUUCCCAGGUGGCAAAUACUACUUGGUGCCAGCUAUCGUUGGUCCACCUGGUGGUGGAGUUAGACUUGGCCGAACUGGGAACUCUCAUUGCCCAGUUACUGUUUUGCAAGAGUUUUCUGAAGUUCAACAAGGCUCUCCUGUCAAAUUCAGCAUACCUGGAAUAAGCCCUGGCAUCAUCUUUACGGGUACCCCUUUGGAUAUUGAGUUCACAGAGACGCCGGAUUGUGCUGAAUCCCCGAAUUGGGUGGCGUUUGUGGAUAAUGAAAUUCAAAAGGCAUGUCUGGGAAUUGGUGGCCCUGAGCAGCACCCAGGGCAACAAACGAUUGAUGGCAAAUUUCACAUUGAGAAAUACAGAUUUGGAUACAAGCUUGUGUUUUGCAUCCGUGGUUCAGACACAUGUUUCGAUAUUGGUACUUAUGAUGCACACAAGGGUGAGGGUGGAAGACGUUUGAAUCUCACUGAGCAUGCACCCUUUGAAGUUGUUUUUGUAGAAGCUUCUCAUUUUGAUGCAGUUAUUAAGUCCGUAGCUUGA